ACCAAACAUCCCAUCCAUGACCACCAGUUUAAUUAAAAAAACAUUCUCCCAUAUAUACGAACAAUGUUCACAUGGAAAGACACUGAAUCAUGGAAAACAAGCACAUGCCAACAUGAUUAUAUCUGGGUUUGUACCCACUGCCUAUGUUACUAAUUGUUUGAUCAAAAUGUAUAUCAAAUGUUCAAACAUGGACUAUGCACACAAAGUGUUUGAUAAAAUGCCUCAACGAGACACAGUUUCUUGGAACACUAUGCUUUCCGGGUAUGCUGGGAAUGGAGAUAUGGGUAUGGCUCAAAUGAUGUUUGAUUUGAUUCCUGAUAAAGAUGUGGUGUCGUGGAACUCGUUGGUUUCUGGCUACUCGCAGAAUGGUAGUUUUUGGGAGUCGGUUGAGGUUUUUAUACGCAUACGACGAGAAGGUGUGGGAUUGGACGCGGCUACAUGUGCUGCUGUUUUGAAGGCGUGUUCGGGUUUGGAGGAUUGUCGUUUAGGUGUUCAAAUUCAUAGUCUUGUUAUUCGUAUGGGGUUUCUUUAUGAUGUGGUUGUAGGGAGUGCGACUGCGAAUAUGUAUGCGAAAAGCAAGAUGUUGAAGGAGUCUAUAAGGUUUUUUGAUGAAAUGCCGUUUCAGAAUUGGGUUUCGUGGAGUACUUUGAUUGCUGGUUGUGCUCAAAAUGAUGAGUUUUUUGAUGCGUUGAAACUGUUUAAGGAUAUGCAAAAAGAAGGGUUAGGAGUUAGUCAAUCGACGUAUGCUAGUCUUUUUAGAUCAUGUGCAGGCUUAUCCGCUUUAAGAUUUGGUUCUCAGCUGCAUGCUCAUUCCUUAAAGAUGAAUUUCGGUUCUGAUAUUAUAGUAGGAACUGCAACUUUGGAUAUGUAUGCAAAAUCUGGUAUGUUAUGUGAUGCCAAAAAGCUCUUUCACAAGUUGUUGAUUCAUAAUCUACAAUCAUACAAUGCCAUUAUCAUAGGUUGUGCUCGCGUUGGUGAAGGGUUCGAAGCAUUGCAGCUAUUUCGUAAUCUGAUGAAAACUGAUCUUGGUUUUGAUGAUAUAAGUUUAUCAGGUGCAUUUAGCGCAUGUGCAGUUACCAAAUCAUAUAUAACCGGAGUGCAAUUACAUGGGUUAACCAUCAAGAGCAUGUUGCAGUCCAACAUUUGUGUUGAAAACGCCAUACUUGAUAUGUAUGGAAAAUGUGGAGCUCUGGCUGAAGCGCGGCGUGUGUUUGAUGAAAUGCAAGUUAGAGAUGCUGUCUCUUGGAAUGCAAUCAUUGCUGCAUAUGAGCAAAACGGGAAGGUAGAUGAAACUCUUCAACUGCUUGUUUGGAUGCUAAGUUCAGGUUUGGAACCCGAUGAGUUCACUUUUGGCAGUGUCUUGAAAGCUUGUGCUGCUUUGCAAUCUUUGAAUCUUGGAAUGGAAGUUCAUGGUAGAGUAAUUAAAUCGGGAAUGGGUUUGGAAUCGUUUGUUGGAAGUGCUCUUGUAGAUAUGUACUGCAAAUGUGCAAAAGUCGAGGAUGCGGAGAAGCUCCAUGAAAGGAUGGAGAAACAAACAAUGGUAUCAUGGAAUGCAAUUAUUUCAGGGUUUUCGUCACACGAACAAAGUGAGGAAGCUCAAAAAUUCUUUUCUCAAAUGUUGCAAAUAGGAAUUAAGCCCGAUAACUUCACGUUUGCAACGGUGCUCGACACGUGUGCGAAUCUUGCAACCAUAAGUUUAGGAAGACAAAUACAUGGCCAGAUCAUUAAACAAGAAAUGCAAUCUGAUGUGUUCAUUUGCAGCACACUUGUUGACAUGUACUCAAAAUGUGGCAACAUGCAAGAUUCAAGAUUAAUGUUUGAAAAAUCCCCAAAUAAAGAUCUUGUCAUAUGGAAUGCCAUGAUCUGUGGAUAUGCUAACCAUGGACGUGGAAAUGAUGCUAUAAGUGUAUUUGAAUCCAUGAAACUGAACAAUGUAAAGCCAAACCUUGCCACUUUUGUGUCUGUCCUUCGAGCAUGUGCACAUGUGGGGCGUGUAGAGGAAGGAUCGCAAUACUUUAACUCAAUGCUUAUUGACUAUGGUUUAAAUCCUCAAUUAGAACAUUACUCUUGUAUGGUAGAUAUAUUAGGUCGAUCGGGUCAAGUUAACAAAGCCGUAGAUCUUAUUAAUGAUAUGCCUAUGAAGGCUGAUGAUGUUAUCUGGAGAACAUUACUUGGUAUUUGCAUGUUGCAGAAGAAUGUAGAGGUGGCUGAAAAGGCAGCAAGUUCACUUCUUCAAUUGGACCCACUAGACUCGAGUGCAUAUAUACUUCUAGCCAAUAUAUAUUCUGAUGCUGGUAUGUGGGAAGAGACAAAAAUGAUUAGGAAAAUUAUGAGGCGCAUUGGGUGUAAAAAAGAGCCAGGUUGUAGUUGGACGGAAGUCAAAUCUGAGUUGCAUAUGUUUACUGCUGCGGACAAAGCUCAUCCUAUAUGCAAUGAGAUUUAUGAGAAGUUGGAUGAGCUAAUUUGUGAGAUGACACGGUCAGGGUAUGUGGAUGAUCCCAGUUUUAUAUUCAACGGUAACAAGGUACUAGAAGAACAACAAGAAGUCCAUUCCGUCUAUGCAGUCAGAUAAUUCUUUGCAUCUGAGUGCAUGUCAAGGCUAACUUAAAACGGGAGGAAUUAAUGUUAUUGCCACUAUAAAAGCAAGCAAGAGCGGGGAGUCGUCUGAAGUUGUGGAGACCAAAGAAGCUGAUACGAACCUAAAGCUAGGUGUAGAACUUACUCCCAAAAGCUAGCUCAAAGGAGGAGGGGACACCUAGGCUUAUAAACCACCAACCAAUCCCAUACUUGGCCGAUGUGGGAUCAUAUCAGAAGCCUCGAGAGGCACCUUUGGUUGAACCGGAAGCAGGUGAGUCUGUAGGCUAAAAAGACAAAAUUCUAAAGAGGUUCUGGUGAAAAACAAGACUGCUUAGGCAAAUGUGGACCUAGGAUUCGCAGAUGCAGCAUCAGAUCUGAUAUAAGAAACAGAAAACAAGUUGAGGAGUCAGAAAAGGAUAAUAUUAGAAACUGUGAUUUGGCUGAGACGUCUGUAGGAGUUGAUAUUACAGCAGAAACUGUAGCUUUGUUGCCGAAACACACAAGAAAUUCAAGCAAUCGGUGAUGAAGAAAUGAUUCAAGUUGUGAUUGUCGCUGGUGAAUGGUGAUAAUAAAGCCAAGGAAGGAAAGAAAAAGGUGAAAAGGUUAUAACUCAUUUCAAGGCCCAAGCAAUAGGCGGUGAAGGAAUUAUUCAUGGUGAGAUUGUCACUGGUGCCUGGUGGUAAUAAAGGAAACAAAGGAAAGAAAAAGGUUCCCGAACCCUAGAAACUUUGGUUUUCGGAUCAUGGAUGGGUGCCUUUAGAAGGUAAAGGCAUGAAUUCGUUAGAUGGUAAUUGAUGAUCUCGAUGUAGAGAUCAAUUGCCAAUCAUUCCAACUAAAAAACACCCUUCAACUGUGAAAACCGCUUUUACUAGAAACAUUCGUGUAUUUUAAUGAUCUAACACCAAAACCAUCCUCAUACCACAUCAACCAAAAUAUAGAUAUUCCAUGCUUGGGAUGAGACCGUGCCUUAACCUUAUGUAUUCUGUUGGUGCAGAGAUGGUCUCAUGACUCAAACCUAUGGCAAGUUAUACGAAAGGUAGACACGGGACCUCUUGGAGCUUUCAUGUAGUUUUCAAAACAUUUAUAACAAAUAUUCACUCGUUUAUAACUAAUUACAGAGUUGAGAUUAAUUUGUUCCA